AUGUUGAGAAGGUCAUUUACUAAAUCUACUGCAUUGCGUCGUUUAUUACACUCUCAGGAACUCCCUUAUGAUAGCACUAUAAAGAAUCUAUCAUUACCAAAGGACACUAAAGUGAUAUUCCAGGGAUUCACAGGUAAACAGGCAAGUUUCCAUGCUCAGAUAUCAAUGGAUUAUGGUACGAACGUCGUGGGUGGCACUAAUCCAAAGAAGGCAGGUCAAACUCACAUGGGCAAACCAGUUUUUGGCAGUGUAAAAGAAGCUAUGAAAGAGACGGGUGCUACUGCUUCUGGGAUCUUUGUUCCUCCACCAAUCGCCGCCUCAGCUAUUAAAGAAGCAAUUGAAAGUGAAAUUCCAUUAGCGGUGUGUAUCACAGAAGGUAUACCACAACAUGAUAUGUUGUAUAUCUAUCAAAUGUUGAAAUCACAAACUAAAACUAGAUUAGUGGGGCCCAAUUGUCCCGGUAUUAUUAACCCCGCAACAAAUGUCAGAAUUGGGAUUCAACCUCCAAAGAUUUUCAAGCCAGGUAAGAUUGGUAUUGUUUCUAGAUCAGGCACCUUGACUUACGAGGCAGUUCAACAAACUACCAACACGGAUCUUGGUCAAAGUAUCGUCAUUGGUAUGGGUGGUGACGCCUUCCCCGGGACAGAUUUCAUCGAUUGCUUGAGAUUCUUCUUGAAUAGUGAUAUUUCAAGUGGUACUGAGGGUAUUAUUUUAUUGGGUGAAAUCGGUGGUAAGGGUGAAAUCGAAGCCGCUCAAUUCCUCAAAGAAUAUAACUAUAGUAGAUCAAAACCCUUACCAGUGGCCUCAUUUAUCGCUGGUACUGUGGCAGGACAAAUGAAAGGUGUAAGAAUGGGUCAUUCUGGCGCUAUCGUAGAAGGUUCUGGUACAGAUGCCGAAUCAAAGAAGAAAGCAUUAAGAGACGUGGGUGUCGCUGUCGUUGAGUCCCCUGGUUAUUUGGGUCAAGCUUUACUCGACGAAUUCCAAAAAUUAAAAUAA